ACCUACCACCAGAGGGACUUCAACUAUCACAGGAAUACCAAAUAGCACAGACUGCCCACUAUCACAAUCCAGCUGCACAAAUGGAGGCAUUUUUGAUGAGGAGUAUUGUGAGUGUGUUUGCCCGCUGGGUCAAUCAGGAAUGUAUUGUCAAGAUGAGAAUGUGUGUUUGAAUGGGGACCAGUGCUUAGAUGACUCGACAGGACGUUACUGUGUACCAGCUAACAGCAAUUUCUCAUGCCAGUGUCGUGUACAUGAUGGCUUUUUCAUGAAUUCAACUACUUGUGAAGACCAACGUGAAAAUUCGCUAGUAAUAGAAAUUACAGUAUUGGAUGAGACGUACAGGUUGGUGUAUACAAAUCCAUGGGCUUCUGCAUUCAGAGCAAAAAUGACCACCUUUGAACGGCUGGUCUUGAUGCGACUGAGGGAAGACCCAUCCACUAGUGAUGUGCUAUCUGUAAAUGGCUUCCGCAUUCAAAAUGGCAGUCUAGUUGUUUCUAUGGUGUUGCUAUACCCAGAUUCUCCUCCACAAAGUGACGUGAGGAGAGUUUUAACUACUGACCAACUAACUGAUGGAACUGUGACAGUUCGCCUCAGUCCUUCAGCAAUAGAAGUCUCUAGCAUAAGUACAACUCAAAAUUGUCCACCAGACUAUUGCGGGAUUGGUGCAACAUCAUGCAUUAGGUCUGGAUACUACCCGGGUAUGUUCAACUAUACCUGCAGCUGUGGGACAUCCUUCACGGGUGAACGUUGUGACCAAGUAAUUUCACUACCCACUGAUGUUCCAUCAGAGACAACAGAAACAGCAACAAAACCACCAGCAACUGAUAAUCUGUCGACCUUAGAAAUCAUUCUCAUCAUUGUAGCCUGUAUUUUCUUACUGCUUGCAGUAGGAGGCCUGCUUCUGUGUUUCUGUUUGGUAACACGACAUCGUUAUGAAGCAGGUCGUCACUACUCCACACAAAGCUGGAGAAAGUCUGGCAUUCCAAGAAUCAAUUAUGGCUUGUCUGAAUACAAUGAUGAUAUUUACUAUCACGAUGGUGGGUACGAGAUGUCUAACUUCGGGGAUGAAGAGAUCAGAAUGAAGCGUCUAAAGAACGUCAUGAGUCACUCACCUUACUUACAGCAGGGUUUGCAGGGCCGACACGAUUUCGUUAGACCUUUUGUAGUCACUGGAGACGAGGAUUAUUACUAUGAUAACCAAAGGGAUGAAGAAAGUAUGGUGGGACAUAUCGUUUACAAUCCAAUCGUCCAUCGGUAAACUUUAUUACUGACAACUUUAGCAUCCGAUGAUGGAUUAAAUAUGGGUUCACUCAAGGUUUAGAUACAGACAACCCAUGCA